UAGCUACUUAACGUUUAUAAGUAAAUACAGUAUGCAAUUAUUAUGAAAUAGUUAGCGUUAGUGCAGUCUUAUAUUUUGGUGUUAAAGUGCGCCCAUCCAGAGUUUGAAAAAUGGAAAUUAAUUUCAAAAACAAAAAAGUUUUAAUAACAGGCGCAGCGGGUGGAAUUGGAAGCGCUAUUACAGAAAGGGUUAUAAAACACGGCGGCAAUGUCGUGGCUGUAGAUACGUCGAAAGAACACCUAGAACAUCUAAAACGUCGAAUAUCUUCUGUCGAAAUAGUACACGCCGAUCUCACCGAUUGGGAUGCUGUCCAAAAAUCCAUACGACCUUUACUGCCCAUCGAUAUGUUGGUCAAUUGUGCUGGGUAUGUCGAUGUUCAGCCACUCGGUGAUGUGACGCAAGAAGCAUUUCAAAAAACUUUCGACGUUAACGUAAAAGGUAUGUUCGCGAUCACUCAAGUAAUAGUCGACGAUCUACUGAAGACAAACAGGACGGGAUCAAUAGUGAACAUCUCCUCCCAAGCUGCCCAAGCGGGUUUGUUAUAUCACACAGUGUACUGCGCAUCCAAAGGUGCAGUAGACGCGUUCACCAGGGCUUUGGCACUGGAACUAGGCCCAAAAGGAAUACGAGUUAAUGCGGUUAAUCCCACCGUAGUGAUGACAGCUAUGGGUAGGAAAGCCUGGGAUGAUCCCGUUCGAAGGGAGGCCAUAUUCGAGAAAAUUCCACUCAGAAGGUUUGCAGAAGUCGAAGACGUAGUUAAUGCGGUUAUCUUUUUAUUAAGCGACAAAGCUGCUAUGAUUCAUGGCCAUUGCUUACCAGUAGAUGGAGGCUUCUUAUCGGCUUGAACAAGUGGUCGAUAUUUAACUGAAAUGUCAUAAGUCUGUACGAUUGCACCACAACUUUGAAAUAAAUUUAGUCUCGCCUAUACUGUUUUUUACAUUUAGCGGAGUUUUUUGUCCCGCUGUCAUAAA